AUGAAUAGUUCAUUUUCAGAAGAAUUAGGCUGUGUCCCCAAUGCAACUGAUGAGGAACAAGAUGACUUACCUUAUGAUGGAGACAUAGGAAUAACCUGCAGAUACAAUAAUUCAGAUAAUUUGAAUGACUGUACUUGUACAGAAGAUAUUUGUGGUAUUUUAAACUUAUUAGCCUGUUCUGAAAAUAACAAAAACUUAAAAGCAACAGCAAAUUAUGAAACUUAUGCACAGCCUGAAGAAUCCUCUAGUCACCACAGAGGUGCCAUAGGAACAACAGGAAUUGCAGUUGAAAUGCCUGGAAAUGAAGCUUCCUUUAAGAAGAAAUUACCUGUUGGUGACUUUAGUAAACCAGACAGCAAAGAACAUGAAACUAACUCAAAAAUGUCCAAUGUCCUUUUGCGUCAUUUUUCUAAGGGAGAGUUAAUAACCACAUGCCAGUUAAUUGAAUGCGAGACAAUACCAGAGACAUCCUUUACAGAAAGUAUCAAUGACACUGCGCACAAACCUGAGCCUUCAGAACAUGUCAAAGGCCCUUUAGUACAUGAACAAUGGGCAACUAACUUUAAAGAAUAUCAAUUAGAAAAGCACAAGAAAGCAAACAUUGGUGAUACAAAUCAAAAUUCACUAACUGGAAACAGAUAUGUUUCAAAGAAACCUAUUUCUCCUACUGUUUCACUUCACGAGCUCAAAUACGGCCAAGGUCAAGCUCACUACUGCCUUCCUGACUUCUCCAAAGUUGCUUCAGAAAUUAAAAUACCAGAAAGAAAUGACAAUACUAACUCAGUGCCUAAAACUGAAAGAACAAAAUCCUUCCCCAUUUUAAGUAAAUCAGUAAUUGUGAACAACAUUCUAGAAAAUAAGAACCAUUUCAAUUCAGCUGAAGUAGCGAAUCAAGAAGGAAUGAGCAUUCCAGAACUGUUGCAACAGCUAGAGAUACUUCCUCCGUCAGAUUUUCCAAAUGCCAGCAUUGCCAUUCACUCAGGAGACACUGGGACAUCCUCUGAAGUCUUCACAUUACAUGAUCCUAUCCCUAUACAAUCUACACAUGGUUUGUCUAAAGCAAGAUUACAGUGUGCAACAACAGCAUCUGCGUUACCAGCAGCUGGUACAGUAGAAGCGCAUUGUCUAAAUCCUUCUAAUUUACUGCCAGAACUAACACUAGGAGAAAAGAUGUCUCAAAUACUAAAGGAUCAGACAGAUCAACUGAUAAAGAAAGUGGAAGACUUCUCUAAGCACAUGACCCAAGAGACAUUCCUUUUACAAGACAACUAUCUGGCAUUAAAUCAACUGAAAAUAUACCUUGAUGCCUUGGAAAGGAAUUACUUAACAGCUAGAGAAAAGCACCGUAAUUUACAGCUGCAGAACUACAAGGACAAGUCUAUCAACGUUGGAGAGUUUGAUCCUGAAAGAAAAGUAGAAGGGGAAAUAUUUAGACUUGGCAUGCUGCUUGAAGACAUCCAAGAGCCAACCGAUGACAGCAAAUGCAACUUGUCAUCUUUGCUUACUUCCUAUGAAUCUGCCCAUCCAUCGUAUUCUCUUUGUGAGCAGAGAUUCUUUUCACUUGAGGGAAAAUAUGCCGUUGAAGGUCUUGCAUCCCAUCAUCAGGGUACAUUAGGUCAAAAAUUUAAUGCCGAUGAAGAAAGCAGCGAUUCAGAAGACAUCUCAGCCUAUGAUUCUUAUGAUUCACAAAGCGAAGAACUUAUGAACUAUGAGACUGAAAGUUACAAAACAUUCAAUACAAGAUUACGUGGAGAGAGAAAAGGACUUAGAUGCAGAUGUCCUAGAGGAAGCAGAGAUCAAUUUAAACUCAGGAAUUACAAAGAGUCGGUUCAGUCUUGUGCCCUAAGUAGAAAUAAAAGUUCUGGUUCAACCUCUUAUUCACAGAAGAGAAUCUCCACUCAAAAGGCUCAAAAAAAUAAGCAGCCACGUGAACUUGUAAACAGACUUUCUGAAAGGCAAAACUUUGAGGCUGCCAAAACCUGCUAUUCAAGUACCUAUGAUAAAAUUAUCCUUUCACAUCAAUACUUACCCAGCAAGAAGUCUGCCCGAAGCAAAUCUGCAAUCAACAUCAGAAACAGAAAUGCCAAUGACUCCAAUGCAAAUAUUUUAAAUUCUACUCUGGAUCAUGCCAUACAGACAGCAAACAGUUUGAAGAAAGCUACAGAACGAAUGGUACGAGCAGUUUCAGAAGAUCUAGCUAAAGUUAAAAGAAAACAGCUGUAA